AGAAGACGGAGAAGAGUCGAUAUGUAAUUAAUCACAGAAUACAGCUUCAGUUUCCGCCCUACAAUUGUUAUAUGAGCACGUCCGGGGAACACCCUGCAUCUCUCUCCGCAAUGGAUUCGGAGAAUGCGAUAACGCUCACUAUCCACUAUCGAGGUUCUCCUCAUGCAUACACUCUUCCUGCGUCUGCUACGAUGCAGGAUCUCUCUUCGACAGUCGCCUCAGAACUACAUAUACCCACGGAGAACCAGAAAUUCCUCAUCUCCCCAAAGCCCGGCAUGCUAAAGGCUCCGUUCCCUAAUACUCCGUUGGCGGAGUUCCUCCCAGACUCGAUUCGCUCUUCGCCAAAGUUCAAAAUCACCUUGCUGGGCAGCCCUGCCCAGGAGAUAUCAGAUUUAAACGAGGCUGUUUCAUCAAAUCGCAGACGUCUUGAAGCCCGAGCUACCUCUUCCUCGCACCCGCGCAUCUCCCGCCGUCCUCCUGGAGGAGUACGCACUCUAUCAUCGCCAUCACCAGAUACAUACACUUUCCACCGACUUCUCCCGCUCUCCUACCUCCCAAAUCCAGAUCGCAGCCUCCAGUUCCUAGCGCGCCUGCGAGAUGAUCCAGGGAUCAAGUUUGCGAUGCAAAAACACCGCUUCUCCGUCCCGUUGCUUACGGAGAUGAACCCGGCCGAACACACGACAGAGUCAUCGCGUACACUGGGACUGAAUCGGAAUAAGGGAGAGGUGAUCGAGUUACGUCUUCGAACAGAUGCAUACGACGGGUAUCGCGACUAUCGAACGAUUCGGAAAACGCUCUGCCACGAGCUUGCGCACUGCGUGUUUAGCGAACAUGAUCGUGACUUUUGGAACUUGACCAAGCAAAUCGAGGGGGAGGUGGAAAGAGGAGAUUGGACUCGUGCUGGCCACCGGUUGACGGAACAAGAGUUCUAUAAUCCACAAGAUUGGGAAGAGCAGGCGGGUAGGGAGGAAGUUGACGACAGAGGCUGGACGGGUGGCGAGUUCGUUCUAGGUGGAUUAAAGGAGGAUCGUCCCAGUGCGACUGGCACGGAGAGUCGAAGGGAGAUAUUAGCCAGAGCGGCGGAGGAACGGUUGAAGAAGGAGAAGGCAAGAGGCAGAAAUCCGGAGCAUAACUAGGAGGAAUGGGCAGUGUCUUCUGUUGCCAUACUACCGUGUUUCUCUCUCCCCGAUUACUCUCGUGCCUCGAUUGCAUAGCGGCAAUCCUAUUGAUUUACGAUUAUUACGACCUGUCUUUGGAGAGCAUGCCAUGUUGCAUUAUUUUUUGAUGAUAUCCAGGAGUUUGCAUUAGAGCAGAUCGUGCUGUCUUUUGUUUUCUUGGGAA